AUGGCACAUUACAACACCGCGAUACAACUAUUCCGGAAGAUUUUGGCGACAGACAUCACGCCCACCAACUGCCAUGCAGUAUUCGCAUGCUCCGGUAUGAUUUUUGUGGGGUCUUGUGCUCAACCGAGACUUGAGCUGGAAUAUUCAAGAGUCUUGGAGUGGUUCACUUUGCUGAGAGGUGUUUCCGCGAUCGUCAACCCCAGCGUGGGAUGGGUGUCCAUUGGACUUUUCGGGAGAAUGGUACAUCCAGAAAACACAUACACGGAUCCAGGAGCCGGAAUGACAAAUGAGUAUUUCGACUCUCACUUUGAUGGUCUCUCAACACAUUUCUUCCGAACUUCAACAGCUAAGGACUUCGAGACUCCCAAAGACAGCCUAGCCCUCCUCCGACAUACCUUUGCCGGACAGCCACCACAGGAAGUUCGAUCGCUGUUUUGGUGGCCAGUGAUGAUAUCGACAGAUUAUUUAGGUCUUUUGGCAGCAGCAAGUCCUGAAGCGAUGGUGGUCUUGGCAAGCUACUGUGUUCUUCUCUACAAGCGAGAGUACAGGUGGUGGCUUGACGGGUGGCCUGAGUUCAUGUUUAAGGUUGUUGAUAAGGAGUUGAAUGGGAGGUUGAGCCAUUUGAUGAAGUGGCCUAUGGAGACAAUGGGGAUACCGAAUGCAGAGAAUUUGAAGUGCGAAAGCAGUAUAGAUGGAUCACCAGGGUCGGGAACCUACGUUGAAUCUGAGAUCGCGGAAGCGGCGCCAAUUUAG